AUGGCACGAAGUCCCCCACCACCACGACAAUCUUCAAGGACCACCCGUCCACGGCAGGUGUUCUCCCCAUCCCCUAUCCCUCCUCGGUCCCGCCGCAGCGCUGCCCAAAUCCGCGGACGUGCGGAUGAAAGACGACUAUGUAUUCCCCCUCCACCUACCCACUCCAGAUCAUCAGCUCAAGCAACACGAAGGCAAAGAGAGGCUGAAGUAUCUAAUACUCGUCUGGCAUCCUCACAUCCAGGGGCCUUGGACUCUCCUUUCUUUGGGAACUUUCCGGGGCACACUUUAUUGCCACUUCGUCCUCCAGCCCCUGUUGUUCAUCGAACCCAGCCAUGGGCACGCCAACCCUUGCUGCCAGGACAACUUGAAAGACAUAAUCUUGGUGGUCUGACACAUGUUUGUCCGUGCUGCCAAGCAUUGCAUUGGGAGGCGGAGAAAGGGGGCCGACCCCCGCCUGGUAGUCUCACUCCAUAUCCUCAUUGCUGUGGUUUUGGCAUGGUGGAUCUGCAGCCUUUCCCUCCUCCACCAUCCUUCCUCCAUCAUUUGCUCACAUCACACGGAUCUGACCUCCUUCCAGGUGCUCGAUUCCGAGAGCACAUUCAUACAUAUAAUAACGCUUUUGCAUUUACUUCACUUGGGGUAAUCACAGACCCAAUCUCACGUACUCCUGGUCCUCCUGUGCUCAAGAUCCAAGGCGAGCUCCAUCACUGGCUGGGAAGCCUUUUACCCAUGCCAGGUCAACAGUCGCAGUUCUUACAAGUAUAUGUCUCAGACAACACUGCCGCUGGACAGAUGCAAGCCCGACUAGCUCGCGGAUUGCCCUAUGGUCUUGAAUACCCUACCCUUGAAGCUUUGGGUGCAAUGUUAUCCGCCGUCAACCCCUACGUCCACCUCCUCACCUCCGCUGUCAUACAUCACCUACUUGCCACCUAA